AUGGAAAUCAAUUGCUCCUUUCAAAGAUUAGUUGGGGGAUGCUGCUCCCAAGAUAAGCGAAGUUGAGUUGCAGGAAAAGCUUCUCUUAUAGUCCCUCUGCGCUUAUGUGAGAAAGACAUCUCAGCACACAAACAGGCUGUGGGCGUGAAUGAUGUUGAAGCGGAAGUCGAUCUCAUUUUAGCACGGGCAUCGAUAUUCACGUUGCCUUCCAAUAUUUCGGACAUGACUAUCUGCCCAGCCCAUCGCUCCUCUUUGGGCAUUGGAUGGCGAAGAGGCUCGCAACGGUGCCGUGUUCCAUCCGAAUUAUCGAGGCAUGCCAAGGAAGGGAAAUCACGAAAGGGUGACCGACGCACGGGAAUAUUCCUCCCUGUUGGGUCUGGUAAGUCUUUGUAAUGUUGUUGAUUUACAAUAGGACGCUAUGACAAACAGGACAAGAAGUUACUAGUAAAAACAAAAUUGGCACAUUUAAAUUAGUACUACCACUGAAGCACACAUUUAACCAGCCAUUUAAUUUUGUAGCGUGAGCUAGUUUAAUCAAAUUAUUUUUUAUCAGUUUGCUUUUUUUUUUUUUUUGUUAACUUCUUGUCGCCUAAUACACCUCUUUCCUUAUCUCACCAUGCGGCCUGGGACCGAGAUAUUUAUUUUGGUCAGGGGCUCAGGGCCACUCACUACACCGCAAAACCGCUCUUAGGGAAGAGUGAUGGAUAGAUUUAGGGGACGUUGUUGCGUUGGUGCGUUGGUGGUGCGAGGGGACGGGCAGGUGAUUUGAAAAGCGAAAGGGAGGGUAGGAUUGAAAAACUGUUUUUGUCUCUGUCAAUAGACCAUUUUACAGUUCUGUGAUAUUUAACCAGGCCUCUGUAUGAAAGCGAGGUUUGUGUUGACCUUGACACGAUAGAGAUCAAAAACUGGUUAGCAUAACAAUUAAAGGAUUUGCAUAUCAAAAGUAACAGGGUUUGUAUCAAAACAAGGUCAACUUGAGCCUCGCUUCCACUCAAAGGCUUGGUAUCUAAGCACGCAACUGUAAAAGGGCCAAUCCAAGCCCGAAAAUUCCCCCAGGCAUUCUCAUUCUUAUUCAUUUUCGUUCGUUCGUUCGUUCGUUCGUUCGUUCGUUCGUUUAUUCAUUCUCAUUCCCCUACCCCGGUGUGGGGCCUUUUCCAAAGACGAUCAGCCCGGUUAGUGAAGCAUUGUCAAAAACAACGUGAUCUUUUGAGUCAACUCUCGUUACAACGAACACCCUCGGGAUGUCGUUUAGUGUCCGUAAUACAGUGGAACCCCGAUAUAACGAUCCUCGAUAUAACGAUAUUCCCGGUAUAACGAUGAAUAUUCUAUGUCCCUGCAAAUGUUACAGUAAACUGUAUGGGACAGAACCCCGAUAUAACGAUCUUCGAUAUAACAAUAUUCCCGAUAUAAAGAUGAGAAUGAGUACACAGUACACAGUCACAAUUUAAGCAAAACAUUGAAUUUAAUACAGUAACCGAGCAUCUGUAAAGUUUCCGUCGACAGCUUCUCUUUGACUCCUUUUACCCCGAUAUAACGAUAUGUUUGGUUACUUUUCAGCAUUAUCGUUAUAUCGGGUUUUCACUGUAGUGAGAGUCCGUAAUGCUUGGGGUCAUUUCCAGACAAACCUCUUUUGUCGGGGAUCUGAAUUUUGUCCGUAAUAGAGAAUGUCCGUAAUAGCGAGGUGUCCGCAAAGCGAGAGUUUACUGUAAAUGGUUCUGCCCCAACACUGUACAAAUAUUUGCACUGUUGUUUCCGUGUGCAGACGAGAGAUGAAGCAAAGAAGAACGCCGGGAAGCAAAAGAGUUGCAGUUUUAGAUGUUAAAAAGCGAUUGAAGCUGUUGCAGGCUCCAGUCGUUCUAAUGAAGUUACAUUUAUUUGGGAAUGAUUACUUGUAUCCGUGAGCUUGCCUCACCGUGGGGCAUUUUCCACAUUUUCAAAAUCAAAAGACAAAUGCCCCGGGGGAUGAGCGGGCUUGGAAUUGACUGAGCCAUUAGUAUUGAUAAAUUAGUUUUACUUCACGAACAGUUCGAUAAUAAUUUAUCAUUUUUUUGUGUGUGUAGGAAUUUGUCGUGACUGCAGGACGGCCAUUGUUCCGGAUACCAAGAUAACGGUUACAGAAGCCUGUAGCUCAAGCAUAGCUGGCAUUGCAAAAGGAAUUGAAAAUGUUUCUUUGGUGAGCCACUUAAGUGACAGUACGUAGUAGUUUCAGUAGUUUUCACAUGUAUUUUCGCGGUGAAAGGGCAUUUUCAAUUGCGAUUUUAAGAAAAUUUGUGAUUAAACAUGACCUGUUUUCUGAUAGACACCCACUUGUGUAGACUUGCAUAAACUUACUAUGGGUUGUAUCUUAUUUGAUCACGUUGAGAUUUCAACGCAAGGAGUUAUCCAGCAGUUUCGUUUGCUUGGCAAAACAAUCUCCAUCAUUUAUGAAUAGCGCUAUCAAUAUUAAAUAAUUACAUUCAAGCCGAUGCACGACAUUGGAAGUCAUUUCAUGUAAGUUCAGACUUCCUACUUGUGCUGGCCUCCAUCUCGUUUUUUCUAUUACUUCUCACCGUGCCUGAUGUUUCAGAAUUUGAGCGGCAGUGUAGCCCAGUCAAAUAAAGCAUUUGGAAUUAAACACGUUAUGACUUUCUACCAAGUCACAUACUUAUGUCUUCUUAUUUCUCCGAGAAAAACAGAAACGCAAAGUAAUACUAAAGGUAAACACCCGCAUACAAGAACACGUGGAUUAAAAACAUCAGGCUAAAAAUUGGGCAAUUAAGCACCAUUUAUAUACUGAAGAACAAAUUCAGCCUGAAAAAUAAACAUGUUCUUUAUGUUCAAAAAAGAAAAAGGAUACCAGAAAAAGAAAGCUGGUCUAGAAAAACUAAGAAAAUUCGUGUUUACUUAUAUCAUUGAUAGUAUUUAUUUACUUUUAAUUUGUAUUUUUUUUUUAGUGCAAGUAAUGAAACAUUGUAUGCUAAUUACACCUCUAGUGAUGUAUAAUGUAUACUAUUUCUGAAAAAAAUUUAAGAACAAUUUAAUAACACUUUCAGGCUGAUUUCCACUAAACACCCAUUAAACAAAAACACGAUCAGCCAGAAGCCCGAAAUCAAUGUUCUUAUAUUCAGGUGUUUACUGUACACGCGUGGUUACAUUUGUAGGACGAGGGGGAGGAUUACGCUGGUGUUCCUCACAUUCCUCACAGUACUCCCAUAACACCAGGAGGAAGUUUCUACAUUCCUGAAAGUGACGACACAUGCACUUCUUUUGAAGUAACGUUCGAUGAUCUUCGCGGUGCACAGGCAGAACACAAACCUGCUGACGCUCUUAACGAGUAUUUGCAAUCCCGAGAUACCAGUCCAGUCCGUUCUAGGCUUAACACUCCGUGGGAGAUCGCAAGUGAGAGAACAAAGCGUUACUACAUACGAAAAGCUGCACAAGGUGUGACCGCCAUAAUGGAAGAUAUCGCGCCCAAAAGUCCUGCUGAGUUGUUCCAGGCAAUGUGUUCCUCGCAAGCCAUCCAAAGAACUUUGUCAAGUGACGAGGAAACUGAGACAACUGUCGAUGAAACCCUACUAGGAGCGCUUGCUGAUUUCUACCACGCUGCUGGAUGUUGGGAGACGCGUCGGCAAAUUCUGUCUAUCAUGGCCGAUAAAGUGUCGUUUAAGAAGUUGCGACUUUGGAUACCAGACCUGUCAAGUUGUCGUUUUACCGAGGCCGAACGUCAUUGCCUGACACACGGGAGAGGAGCACCUGUAUCGUCAGCGCAAGCGCCUGUGAUGCGUGUUUCCACUGCACAAAUAGAUCACUUUAUCACAUUUAUCACAAGUGCACAUGUUAUCCAGGACUUGCCCUUAGGGGAAAGGACUAUAACGUUGUCAUCAAAAGAGACAAUCAAAGUUCCCAACGUUAUACGAACCAUGGUUCCAGAACGAUUAGUAAAGCAGUACCUCGCGUAUUGUGAGGAGACAGGAUUUAAAGCCCUCAGUCGCAGCACCCUAUUGCGUAUCUUAAGUGUCUGCGCCGCGUCUGUGAGGAAGUCCUUGCAAGGACUCGAUUACAUUAGUUCUUCAGGGGAAGAGGUAUUUGACGAUUUAUGCAAAGUAGCCGAGAUGCUUGGGGACGCUGGGCAAGGGAUGGGGUGGGCAAAACAGCAAGAAACCAACCUAAGGGAAAGCAAGCGCUAUCUAAAGAGCGACUAUAUGGUACGUUUUAUUAAUUUGUUUGUUUAA